AUGACUGUUGCUGUUCCGGGAGAAAGUGCUAGAGAGAAAGCACUAAGUUACUACAGACGUAAACUUGUGGAACAUAGAGGAAUAGAUGCAAGGCUUAAGGAAGCUCGAGAAAAAUCCAAAGCGAUUUCGAAAGAGUACGACAAAGCAGAGAAUGAUUUGAAAGCGCUCCAAAGUGUUGGUCAGAUAGUAGGUGAUGUUUUGAAGCAGCUGACUGAUGAUCACUUCAUUGUUAAAGCUAGUAAUGGGCCGCGAUAUGUUGUUGGCUGUCGACGCAGUUUACAAAGCAGUAAAUUAAAGCCAGGCACUAGAGUUGCAUUGGACAUGACCACAUUGACAAUUAUGCGCCAAUUACCACGCGAAGUCGACCCACUAGUCCAUAAUAUGUCUGCAGAAGACCCAGGUUCUGUAUCUUAUGCUUCCGUUGGUGGUCUGGCUGAUCAAAUUCGUGAACUCAGAGAAGUAAUUGAACUCCCGCUUAUGAAUCCAGAAUUGUUCCAUAGAGUUGGUAUAACCCCUCCCAAAGGAUGCCUUCUUUAUGGUCCACCGGGGACUGGGAAAACUCUUCUAGCACGUGCUGUAGCAUCACAACUUGAUGUUAACUUUCUAAAGGUUGUAUCCAGUGGUAUUGUUGACAAGUAUAUUGGUGAGUCAGCUCGUCUUAUUCGAGAAAUGUUCAAUUAUGCACGAGAUCAUCAACCCUGCAUUAUUUUUAUGGAUGAGAUUGAUGCAAUCGGCGGUCGUCGUUUCACUGAAGGUACAAGUGCUGAUCGUGAAAUUCAACGUACUUUAAUGGAAUUAUUAAAUCAGAUGGAUGGUUUUGAUGCACUUGGUCAGGUUAAAAUGAUCAUGGCAACUAAUCGUCCGGAUACCCUUGACCCGGCUCUACUUAGACCUGGACGUUUAGAUCGUAAAAUUGAAAUUCCUCUGCCUAAUGAACAAGCUCGAAUGGAUGUACUAAAGAUACAUGCAGCUCCAAUAGCCAAACAUGGUGAAAUAGAUUGGGAAGCAGUUGUUAAACUAUCUGAUGGAUUCAAUGGAGCUGAUCUACGUAACGUUUGCACAGAAGCUGGUAUGUUUGCUAUACGUGCAGAGCGAGAUUAUACAAUAGAAGAGGACUUUAUGAAAGCAGUACGAAAAAUAGCCGAUGCUAAGAAAUUAGAAACAAAAUUAGACUACAAACCAGUCUAA